AAACUUUUAAUUUUUGAUUGAUCAUUUAGUUUAAAAACACAAAUUUGUCCUAAAUAUUCAUUAUAAGCUACAUUAAUAUUUCAUUCAUUGAUGUAAGUAAAAUAAUAUUGUCCUUGGACCUUCAAUAAACCAGCUUUACAUCCAUACAACAGCAAGUUGAAUUGAAUGCUGCAUACUCAGCAGAUUCAGAAUGUUCUUUGUUUAAAAACUACACUUGUUGCAGUUAUUAAGUAAACAAUAAUUACGUUUGGUAUUAGUCAUGCAGGACGAAUGAUAAUUAAUUUGCGAUGGAUCGACCAGUACCCGCGCCGAGGGAAGGCAAGAGGCCUGUCCCAACACCUCGCAGAAAUAUACCUAAAAGUAAUCAGAACCAGAGUGAAAUUUGUGAAAUAAGUAAUCAAGCUGCUAGUGUUGAUUCUGUGGAUCUCCCAGUUCCAGUUGACAGCAUAAACAAAGUUGUUACUGAGGAAAAUGUACAGAAGAAAGUUGAAAUCAGUGUGGAUCAUGUAGAUAACUCUUGUAUGCAACAAGGAAAAAUUAUGGAAGAAAAAGACCAGUUUAGUACCUUUUCGAGAAGGGUCACAAACAAAGUUACAAAUGCAUCAAAGCAGAUUGCUGGUGAUUUGGGCCAGUUAGUAAAUGACAGAAAAAAAGCAGUAAUAGAAGGUACGAGACAAAGUGUAAGACGGCUAACCAGACGUUUUAGUUCAGCCUCUCAGGAGCAGAGAAAACUUCAAAAGGAAGAGAAAAAUAUUCAAGAUUAUGAAGGAACCAUUGAGAUGUUCAAUAACAUCAGGUUUGAUUCGCCCUUAAACAGAGCGGACAGUAUUUACAGCAACGUAGAAAACGAUGAAUUUGAAUCUUGUUAUUCGUCUAAUGAAUCCUUAAAUCUGCCUCCACCAAAACAUCCUCCACCUCCGUUACCAGUGGAAGAAAGUGUAUAUGAUGCCCCAUCAAGUUCUUCCCCAGUGACUUCUAGUAAUAAUUCCAGUAAUUCGGGAAAGGCUUCCAAGAAAACUGAUGAAUAUGAAAACGUUUUCCCGUCGAAUCCAUAUAAUAGUGAUUCUGAAAGUUGUAUUGAUAGCACUGAAAGAAAACUAGAAAAUACAAUGGACCAGACUAGAUCCGCCUCAUGGGCCUUUUAUGACAGUGUUAUCUUACCUGAUAAAGAAGAUCACAUCUAUGGCCAAGUUGGGCCUAAAGUUAAAACUACAAGUUCAAAUUCAUCUCAAGAUAAUAAGAAAGACGUCACAGAGGUUUUAAGUCCGGAAAAAGUGCCGGAUGUAAGGGAAGAAAAAGCGGAAUCAAUCGUUUCGACGCCCCAAUCUUUUUAUGAAAAUCACGAAAUCGAAACGCAACUUAGGGAGAGAACUUUGGAAAAUUCUAAACAUAAAACGAGGCCUACAAAAAGUGUUAUUAUGCAGUUUGAUCCUUUAAGCCGAGAAUCCAGCGUGACCCAGUUCUCGGACAUGAACCUCUUGGAAGAAAUCCUACAAAAAGACCUCUAUGGCAAUAUUUCGGAAGCUUAUACUUUUGAUGACGGCGAGUGGUCCAUUAGUAACGAGUCAGAGGGGGAUGAUUUCUUAAAUCCACCCACACCACCGGCAAGGUUUGACUCUUUACCCGAAGAAGACGGACCUGAAAAUGAAACGACAGUUGAGGCUUCUUCGGCUGUUAAAGUGAGAGAAAAAACUAAGGAAAGCGAGAAAAAAAUUAAAAUUAAAAAACCGGAAGCUCCAAGGCAAAGCAACUCAAAUUGGUUUAUUGAUUCCCAUGUGGCACCUUCUAGGCCGACACUGCAACGAAAAACCAGCUGGUUAAAGCAAGUAACGAAAAACGUGCUAGAUAAGGCACCACCAGUGUUCAAAGGGCAUAGGACUUCGGAUAAUCUUAUCGACCGUCCUAUUUUGGGUGGUAAUAAGUUCGUGAACAAAAAGGGAAUGCUUUAUAAAGUACAAGGUGGCCCAGUUGAAGAUCUAUUUGGCGAAUACAGCGGUCGUUGGUGCGUUCUCGAAAACGCCGAUUUAUUUUGCUACUCAGACAAUACCUGUAUGCACCUUAGAGAACAUUUUCCAGCAUCCAGUGUUCUUAGUAUUCAAUUAUUACAAGACGCCAAGUACAAAUAUCGCUAUGAUAAUGACGAUUUGCACUGCUUCGAAUUAAACAUCACGGGAAAAAGUCGUGGAGGCCACAUUUAUGGAUCUCGUAGUAUAAGUGAGAGGAGGAUAUGGUUACAAUUUUUAGCGGAAAUGUUAACUCAACGGUUUAAAUCGAGACUUACGACCAAUUUUAUUAGGAUGGGAUGGGCCUAUAUUAGGACUGGUGUGAGUGGUAAAUGGGCAGGUGCCUGGCUAAUCCUAACUAGCAGGGAGCUUCACUAUGCUAUUGAUGGUCAUUCAGUAAAAACCAUGGAUUUGCGAAAAGCUCGUUGCAUAGUUUUGCAAGCAUAUCAAGAAUCUGACAAUAAUCCAAGAACAAACGAUAAGGGACCUAAUUUACUGGUCGACUGUCCCGAUAUGGCCAUAUAUCUUAGGAUGUGGACUUCUAGGGAGACCAAGGUUUGGUGUCACAUAGUUAAAUUAGAAGCUCACAAUAACGGGGCCAAUAUAGACCAGCAGCAAUUGACCAAGAACGAUAUUCCUGUAAUUGUCGAAAAGUGCAUUAAUUUUAUUUAUGCGCAUGGUAGUAUGUCUGAAGGCAUUUAUAGAAAAGCAGGACAAAGCUCCGCCAUUUCCGAUUUACUGUCCAAAUUUAGGAAAGACGCUUUUGCCGUUCAACUGACGAAAAAUAAUUACAGUGAAUACGAAGUGGGCACAGCUCUAAAGAGGUUUUUUAGAGAGUUACCAGAACCGUUAUUUGGUUGUGAUCAUAGGCAGUAUUUAUAUGAAGUUGCCAAGCAUAACGUAUUGGAAGAAAAAAUCCGCAUGUUUAAAGCGGCUUUAGACCAGUUACCCUCAGUAUCCUAUAAAACCGCAAGAAAAUUGUUGGGACAUUUGCAUUUUAUCAGCAACCAGAGCCAUAAAAAUUUGAUGUCUAUACCAAAUUUGGCUGCCAUUUGGGGCCCCACUUUGAUGCAUUACGAUGAUAAGGAGAAACCUAGUAAAACCAACACGAGUCAUGUACAGGAUGCCGAAGUGGUUUCUCAACUGAUUCGUUAUUAUCGUAAUAUUUUCCCCGAGGAUCCCGGCGAAUUAGAAAAGGAAAAACUGAUGCUAAAAGUUUUGCAAAAGCAUAUGGAAAGUCCUCAAGGUUCUGUCAAUCAAAAAACAGCGGGAGAUUUACGGGUGUGGAUCUAUUUAUUUCAUAAGGACGGGAAAGCUUUUAAUGUAGCUAUUGGUCCAAAUAGGACUGCCUACGAAGUCUGCGUAGAACUUAGUGACAAAAUGAAAUCUCCAGUCCAUGAAAUUAUUUUAGAAGAGGUUGCUUUAGGUGAUCGACUAUUUAGGCCUAUACAUCAUACGGAAAAGGUGUUGGACGUGGUUCUAAAAUGGAGCUACUGGGACGAAGCGGACCGAAAAGAUAACUACCUGACAUGCGUAGCUCUUUCAAAGUACUGGGAAUAUAUAAUCGACAAACCACUUCCCAUUUCUGGAGAUCUCAAAUUUGCUGAAAGUAAAACCAAACUGUUUAAAACCUACAUGUUUCAGUUUACGCAGGGUUGUCUUAGCUGUUUUAACAAAACGAGCGACAUAAACCUUUACACGUGGCGAAUCGAAGAUAUAACAUGGUACCUAGGACACGAAUCGAAGCGAAAUCCCCAGUCAAGAUGGACCAUGACGUUCUUGGAAAACAACAGCAAUCCCAGCCGUACCCGGUUAAAUCCGUACUUUGGAAACGUGCUGGUGUGGAACGAUGCCGGUUUAAGGGCAAAUUGGCUUAGUGCCAUGUUAAAAUCGAGGUAUCCUAAUAAUUUGACGCCUCCUCCCAAGUUAUUAACUAUUUGAGGUGUUUAGAUUAGUGCGGGAGUACAGGUAGAAUAUUUGGUGUUAAAUAUUUUUUUAUACGUUUUUUAUAGAACUAUAAAUGUAGUCAGGAGUAUAUUGUUAAAAUUGUUAUUAUUUUUUUGCGAUUGUUAAAACGAUAAAAAUUAAACUAUUAUAAGAUUGCUAAAAUUAUUUUAUACAUUGUGUGACUACUUUAGUCUAUUAUUUUGUUUUAUUCUACAAGGAGGCCAACUAGUAUUUGAUUCAGUUCGGUUUAAAAGUAAAGUAAAGUAAAGUAAAGUUUAUUCAUGCUUAUGAAAAAAAAAAUUUUCUUACAAUCGUCACAAGUAGAUAAAUACAUAUUAAAAAAUUAUUUCACUUACUAAUUAUUAAAGUUUUACACUGCAAAUUAAAAUCCUUAUCUAAAAUAUUAAAAAAAUAACACCCAAGAUACAAUUUCACAAAUACUAAAUAAAAUAAUCACAAUUUACAAAUAGUUAAAAUUUUGGAGACUCCAAUAUCAAUUUCAAUUUCCUAGAACCUAUUUUUGUUUCAUUUUCACCAAUUUUCAUAGUUGAGCUUGUAGAUACUCAUCAAAGCUAUAGAAGGCUCUAUAAGCAAGUAAUUUUUUUACUGAGGCAGCAAAAAGUUUUUCAUUUAGAGCUUUAAUAUUAUUAGGAAGUUUAUUAAAAAAGCUUGGAGCAUAAUAAGUAGUUGAGAUAUGAAAUUUAUUGAGUCUUAGAAAGUGCAUUUCCAGGAAAUCUACUUGUCGAGUGCUGUGAGUAUGAUUUUCUGAUCUAUAAAUAUACCCAGAUUUAUGUAAAUUAUUUUUUGUAUAUAUUAGACAUUUAAAGAUAUACCGUGAUGGAAGUGUAAGAAUUUUAAGUUUUUUGAAAGAGUCUCUCACAUCGUCCCUGAAACCCAGACCCUCGAUAACCCUCAGAGCUCUUCUCUGCAGUUUAGGAAGAUUCUCCUAGCUUGAGGUGCAUGACCCCAAGCCAAGAGACCAUAAUUGCAGGUGGACUGUAUUAGCGCAUGGUAAACCAUUAACAAAACAUCCUUAUUUACUGUGCCUUUUAAGUGUUUUAAAAGAAAUAUUUGUUUUGCCAAUUUAUUUGCAAUGAACUCCACAUGCUUAUCAAAUAUCAUAGUAGGAUUUAAGUAAACACCCAAGAAUCUUACCCCAUCCGAACUCUCAACAUUGGUUCCCUCUGUAUUUCUCAAAGAGAAUAGGACUUCCUCCGUUUUGUUGACAUUUAGGCUAAGUCUAUUUGCACUGAACCACUUGCCCAAAUCUGACUUCACCUCCACCAGCAUCAGCUCCAGUUCGUGCAAACUAGUACUCCUGCAAAGAGCAGUAGUGUCGUCAGCAAGCAGCAGCAGCCUAGACUCAAUUGACCUGUCGAUAUCAUUGACAUAAAUAAUAAAGAGGAGUGGCCCCAAAAUAGAACCCUGUGGCACACCAUGAGUUAUUUUACAUUCUUCUGAUAAAGCUCCACCCGAGCAGGUUUUCUGUACACGUCCAACAAGAUAAGUUUCAAGAAGUGAUAAACUGGACGGGAUCAGACCAUAAAGUUUAAGCUUGCUCAGAAGGAUCCUAUGGGAUAUGCAGUUUAAGGCCUUUGAAAGGUCACAGAAAAUUGCCCCAAUAUGGGACUCCAUUUUAAAGCCCUCAACCACAUACUCCAGAAGAUCCAGUAUAGUCUUAACAGUCGAUUGUUUUUUCCUAAACCCAUACUGAAAGUUUUUGAGGAUUUUAUUUUGUUCAAAAUAGAUAUAAAGUUGAUUUUUUAUAGUUGAUUUAAUAGUGCUUUUUGCUCUUUAAUUUUUUGAGUUCAUUCAUCGCAUAAUGUACGAGGUCUAUUAUUAUGCCUACCUCUAAGAUCGUUUGGUGAUUUACCUGCCAAAAGUAGGGUGUUCAGGCGCUGAACUUGCCAGUGCGAUAUCGCAUGAAGACUUAUAAAUGCCUGUUUGCAUACCGACAUUCUAUUUGAGCCUUUUAAGACAAAGUACGAAAAGUUUGAUUUUCUUUCUUGUUUGUGUUCCGCACUUCUCACGCGAUUUCUCUCGAUUUGUUUAGCUUCCAUUAGUCCUUGUAAAUAAGUAUCUUGUUCAUUUUUUGUCGUGCGGCUUAGUAGAUUAAUUAACACAAUUUUUCUUUCUUCCUCAGUAAACUGUUCCAUGCAUUUCUUUGUACAACUAAAAAAUAAAACAGCUAUUUUGAUUUAAACCCAACUUGUUGCUAAAAUUUACUAGCCUGACUUAUCCCU